UUAAAUAAUAUUUAAGGAACUAUUUUGAACCUGCUAAAAAGAUAAGGGACUAUUUUUAUCAUUUUCUCUGCCAAAAAUUGUCAACUUCUACUCUGAAUCAGAAAGAUAAGCUCCAAAACUGCAGUUUCAACAACCAGCCGCUUCAUUCAACAGGUGAUUCAAAUGGCUGACGAGGAGCGAGAUCUAAUUGAGAUCUUGGAAGAGAAUAACCCAAUAGACAUCAACAAAUAUAUUAGUUAUGUUCGUUCUCCCAAAUGUGGAGCUAUAGCAACAUUUGCAGGUACAACACGUGAUACAUUUGACGGUAAAGAAGUCGUAGAGCUACAAUACGAAGCAUAUGUUCCAAUGGCAAUACGUUGUCUGAAAUCCCUUUGUUCUUCUGCCCGAGCAUCAUGGGAUAUCCACUCGAUAGCAGUUGCCCACUGCUUGGGUACUGUUCCUGUUGGAGAGACUAGUGUAUUUGUUGCAAUCUCAUCUGUCCAUCGAGCAGAUGGAUUGGAUGCUUGCAAGUUUCUGAUUGAUGAGCUUAAAGCAUCAGUUCCGAUAUGGAAGAAGGAGAUAUAUACAAAUGGAGAGGUGUGGAAAGAGAAUAAAGAGUUUAUAGAUAGGAUGCCAGAACUUGUGAAGACAUCAGAGGAUCAAGCCGGCGCUUGCUCUGGUAAAAAGAAAGUGGAGGCACAUGAGAGAAAGAGUUGCUGUGGGACAAAGGUUAAAGUCAAUGACGAAAAUGCAGAUUCUUGUAGGUAGUUCUGAAGCACAUGUUGUUGUAUUUCAUACAAACCCUUCAUGUCUAAGCAAACCCGAAAAAUAAUAAAUGGUAAUUCAUUCUUCUUUCAA